ACGACAGAACAAGAUGAGCUCGAACACCAUUUUGAAGGAAGAUGAGAGUCAGCACUUCUCGCCGUAUAGAGCGGAUGGCAAGCUGUAUGGCUUCGUGUGCAUAGUUACAGGCGCGACACAAGCGAUUGGCAAGGCCAUUGUCCAUGAGCUGGCAGAGACUAAUACGGACGAUANNGCACACGGCGCCGCUUGCAUCUAUGCCUGUUCCAACCUUCCCUCUGACCCAUACCAAGAACUCGCCGAUGAAGUCAACGCACUCUGGCCUAACACGAAGGUCAUCGGCUACCCGUACGGCUUGAAAGAGGAGGAUACACUGACUCUGAUCGAUGAUGUCUUGAAUGCUUGGGGACGGUGCACCGCACCUGCAGAUCUCUACAAGACCUUCGAGACCAACAGCAUGGCCCCCUUCUUCGCACUCAAGUACGCACCUCCCGCCAUGGCAAAAACAACACCCAAAGGCAACUACACCAAUGCUGCUCCUAAAGAUGUAGCUUACGGCAGCAUCGUUGUCGUGUCUUCCGUCGCCAGCACCUACGGCGGUUGCUGGGGUCCAGCCUUCACAAUGUCCUCUCACGCCGCACUUGGUGUCGUUCACUCCGGCGUUGCCGUCCUCAAAGGUAGUAAUGUGCGUAUCAAUGCCAUCAGUCCUGGUCAGAUUGAUGUAGGAGUUAGCCUGCAGGGUAUGGAUAUGAGAGGACUAAGCAAUCAGCUGCCACCCAGUGAUUUGCAGACUGAAGAGGUUAGGAGAAAGAUUGUUGGAUUGGAGAGGUCAGGCACCGCGAAAGAGGUUGCGAGGGUGGCUGGGUUUUUGGCAUCUGGCUUUAGUAGUUAUAUCACUGGUAGCAAUAUGGUUGUUGAUGGAGGUGCGUCGGUCAUGAACCCGCUUACCGUUCCUGUC